UCAGUCAUSAUACMGCUKCUGAURUCCAAGGAGGUACGGGAGUGUUAGCUGCACUGAAUCUAGAAAAUCAUCCAGCACUUCUUGCCGGAGUUUUCACAUUUGGAAAAGCAGCUGGCUGUCACGGUGCMGUCAUCACGGGGUCAAGAGUACUGAUUAACUACCUUAUAAAUUAUGCAAGACCAUUUAUAUAUUCCACGUCGCUUSCUUCUCAUUCUUUGGUGGCAAUUAAGUGCUYCUAUGACUCCAUGAUUGGAGCUGAUGGCGAACRRCUGAGAAAAARAGUAUUUCAAUUGAUCAGGCUCUUUCGUUCAAGRCUUUUAGAUGAGUUGGGUAAAUCUGGUGGCRUUGACACUGGUCAGUCCUUUCUUUUGCCAAGCAAGACUCCCAUACAAGGCGUGCUUUGUCGAGGAAAUGAAAAUUGUAUCAKAAUGGCGAAUGCGUUGAGGACGAAAGGAAAUAUCAUGGUYUAUCCAAUCCGAAGUCCUACGGUUGCCAAGGGUGACGAAAGAAUACGGAUUAUAAUUCAUGCACAUAACACUGAGAAACAGGUGCUUCACCUGGUAAAAACUAUUGUGAAUUUUAAAAAGCAGUUGCCUCUUAGACCUGAACCAGCAUCAGGGCUGCUUUCAGAUUCCAUCGGUGUUCAAAGAGGAGAUGACCAAGAAGAUAUGGUGAGAUCAAAAAGCUUUAAAAAGUCGACAAGAAGGCAUUAAUAAAUCCUGUGAUAUGUGCGCAUACACUGUGCACAUCAUACUUUAUAUGAAAUAUUUUCUUAGCUAUAGGCUCCUUGUCGAGAUAMAAKGGSGGUUCUCCCCGGAGUACGUGAGCACUACUUGUAAACUGCACAGUAGCGGGUUUAGAGGUAUCGCGACAGGGUCGGCUGCAACCCAUUUUAUAAUUUAGGCGAGACAGUUUUUAUCUGCAUUCAAACGAAAGCACUCAAGUAACAAAAGCAAAUAAGAGGAUAAAUCUGGACCCAUAAGGCCCGUUUACACUUGCGAUUUUUGCAGAGAGAUUCUCGCGCCUAUCRUCGCGCGACCAUCGCCUGAGUUUCGUAAUGCUUGAAAAUUUGCUUCAACUAACGCGGCGAUUUUUCCAUCGUCGCAAAAAUCACAGGGCUGUUUACAAAGAUCGCGGCUGCAAAAAUCGCAAGUGUAAACGCAAGUGUAAAUUCGAGGUUUCGCAUUCUUUUGGCGAGAGUUAUAGCGUUAUAGCACUAUUUGUCACACUGAUCMCGCACCUAUCAAAAUAAUUUCACGGUUUGGUCACGCUUCUCAAAUCAACUUCACAACAAACAUCAAAACAUUGACAUUUGAAAGCAGGUAAACUCCAUGUUUUGGCACAACAASUUGGUGAUUAGAGAUUUUUUAAUUAUUUGUUUAGUGUUAGAUUGUACAUUCACUGGGCUAGACACAAGAAAGUAAGCCAUGCCAAAGCUCUACUCAGCCUUUCAAGACAAGAAAAGCAUCAAGAAUGCUUUGAGCAUUUUUGCAGUCGUAGCAUUUGAGCAAGUUGUCACCAAAUAUGGUAUUAACUGUCGUAACGCUCUACUAUGGCUCUGUGUUCCACCGUGUGUAAUAUUCGGUAUCACUCUCAUCAAAUCCAAAAAUGUCCGUCUUCUUUUCAACCGCAAAACUUCCAAAAAAAGAUGCCUUGAUGCUCGAAUGAUCGGCGAGAGUGUAGCUGCAUUUCUAUAUAUGGUAAUGCCGUCUGUUGCCUGGGUGAUAGCAGCGUUUUUGAAUUCUAAGAUCUGGGUUUGCUAUCGGGCUGGUUACGACGAGUGCGGGAUCGUUCGCUCCUGUUCCAAGCAAGAAGAAUAUGAAUUCCAUAUUAAACAACGAGACGCAAAGUCGGAGGCGCAGACUUUGGGACUUUUGAUGAUGACAGGUGCUGUGGCAGCCCUUGGACUCAUAACGUGGGGAAAUCAUUUGUUCUGUGCCCGUCCAGUCAAGGAACUUGAACUGAAUGAACUCGUGAGAGAAGCUGCAAGAAGCGAGCUCGAACGAUUUGUCAUGUCACGUGCUAAGGAUAAAUUAAGCGAAGUGGCAAAAGCAGUUGAUUCAAAGAGCACUGACAACGCCAAUGCAAAAGAAACCGACCCAACAGCACCAGAAUMUAAGAGYSAAUCAGRAGCUAUGCAUUCUGCUUGGUUAAAGACAGUUGAUUACAAGAUUGAAGACUUCCUUGACGAGUUUUUGACAUUGGAUGAUGUGAAAAUGGUCUAUCCAGAAGUCUGAGCGCGCUUUUAUCAUCUCGAACGUAAAAGAUUUAUUUUGCUAUUGAACGGUACCUGGGUUUGUGUGUUGCGUGCGUUUUGCGUUGGCAUUGCUGUUGUGUUGUGUUGCGCUUUGUUGAACAAAAUGGUCACCCGUUUACCAGAAUCGUGAAGCAUGUGCUUCUCUUAGAAUGUGGAUGUUAAUUAGAAGAUGCAGUGAAAAUCUAGCAAAUUCCAAUUAMUCUUUUGAUGAUGAAAUGUCAGAGAAGCGUCAAGUUAUUGUUGACCAAGUCUGAUCCACUCGGAGCGCGGUAUUGUACAAUAUACAUAUUAUACCUUGUCGGUAAUAGUGCGGAUUUCGUAUGAGUGGGACACCGUUACCGCACGGUUACCGCACAGUUACCGCACCUGGCCUGGUCCCUGGCCUGCAGAAUUUUGGUGAACCAAUGGGGCACUAGAAUUUGGUUACAGUACGAUUACGGUCACAGUACAGUAUCGUCCGUUUCUCACUCAUACGAAAUCCGCUCUAGUGCUCUGAAUACAUAAUGUAGAGCGAAAGAAGGAUUUUGAGCUACUUAAAACUUUCGCGCGUUUAUGCAGGAUCAUCAGGCUACUUAUUUUAGUUGCAUAAUCUAUUUAUAGUUUUUUUGCUCUCGAGGCGAAACAAAAACAACAACUAUAAAUAGCAUCGAACUAAGACCAGUAGCCUGAUGAACGUACAAACGCGUGAAACUAAUUAGUAUAGCUCAAAACCUUUGUAAACAUAUAUUAUAUCUUAUACCUGUACACUGUACAUGAYAAAUUGUAUAUCGAUUGUGUAUAUUUUAGACUAUUACUAGUAACUGUAUACAAUGCAAACAUUGGCAAUAAAGUGUUUAUU